GAUUAUUGAUCUUAAAGUCAGUAGUAAAGAAGAUGGAAGUCGAAUUGAAAAAAGUAAAAAGAGAAUGAUUACUAAUAGGACACUUAAGGAAAAAGCAAUGCAAAUGAGAAAUAGAAUCGUACCUGCGAAAUCUUUUGGAAAAAGAGUCAAAUUGAACAAGCUACAAGAGGCUGAAGUUGAUACUGAAAAGAAUAAAUAUAAGCUAUUCAUCCAUUAUCAGAGAUCCGCUAAUAUGAAUGACAUUAAUAGAAUACACAAUAUAAGACAUAACCCUGCUAGUGAUUGUCAUCAAUAUGAAGAGCAAGCUGAAGAUAAAAAUACUGGUGAUGCAUGUGCCAUUAGUCAUGUAGAUGAAGCAUGUAGUCAUGGAUACUACAAUAAUAAAAGAACAGGAACUGAAAAGAAUGAAAGUGUAGAAAGAAAUAAAAUCAAAACCAGUAAUAAACAGUCUGUGA